CUUCAGUCUCUUGACAAUCCUAUUUACAAUUAGUUGUAUUCUAGAUCUUCAGUUUCUAAAUACAGCAGCAUGGUCAGCCCAAGAAAACUCAUCAAAAUGGCAAGGAAAUGGCAGAAAUAUGCUGCCAUGAAGACAAAGAGACUUUCAUUUUCAAGCAAGAACAGAGAUGUGGAUGCAGGUAGCUGCAGUACUUCAUCAGUGGCUAAUAAAGGACAUUUUGUUAUCUACACAGCUGAUCAGAAGCGCUUCAUGAUUCCCCUAGUUUAUCUCAACCAUGAGAUCCUCAGAGAGCUCUUCAAGUUGUCUGAAGAGGAGUUCGGGCUUCCAAGCAGUGGGCCAAUCACGUUGCCGUGUGAUUCUAUUUUCAUGGAGUACAUAUUGUCAUUGAUUCAGCAUGGUGUAGCUAAAGAUCUAGAGAAAGUUUUGCACCUGUCAGUUUCUACUAGUCUCUGCUCAUCUUCAUUAUCGUCUUUCCACCAAGGAAAGACAAAUCAGCAAAUACUUGUAUACUGAAAUUAACCUUACUUCAGCCUUGUAAAUGAUCAGUGAGGCUUUUGCUUAUUGCAUAUUAUCAAAAAUUCAAAGGUUCA